AUGGAUUCGACGGAGGCCAGACAGGCCACGCUGCUCGCCCAGCUGGAGCAACUGUCAACGUCCAUUACUCUCCUAUACUCUGGCAUUCUGGACGAGGCCUCUGUUCCAGUCAAAUUCAACGUGAAUCGGGCGUUGGUGCUGAGCCAGGGCCAGACAUCUGAAUCCAAGGACGCUGCUCAGCCCAAAGUCGGCGAGCCCGAGGCUGUCCAGCGCGUCCGCCGAGCAUGCGAGUCUGCUGCAUUGCACAUGUCGCUGCGAUGUGUGCCGAGCGAUUACUAUGACUGGACGCUGGAGCGACGGCGAAACGUUCUCCAAGCACCGUCCAUUCACCACCUGUGCAAGUCCAUCGUGCUGGAAAACACCAGAAUGAACAAGGCUGCGAACAAGGCAGAUCUCACUGGAAUUGGCGCUGCCGAGCUGGCAGCUAGUGCAAGUCUUGAUCCUCGCAACUCAAAGUACUACUGUGUAAUCGUUCAGUAUACAACAAAGUUCGACUCGGACAAGAUGGUGUCGUAUAUUCGCAACCUACACAAGCCUGUUCUGUCGACAAAGACACUGAACUAUCGCCUUGUUGAUCCGGAAGUGUCAUUUGCAUUGACUGGCUUUGACAAGAAUGGCGUUUGCCCAAUUGGAAUGACACGCAACGUCCCAAUUCUGGUCAGCCGUGCAAUCCUAAGUUUGCAACCGCCUGUCAUGUAUCUGGGCGCCGGAGACAUUGAUUGGAAGCUCGUCGUGUCCGUUGAUGAUUUCCUUCGUACUACGGGCGCACAAACCGCUGACCUCAUCACCAGCUGA